UUAGCAAGAAGAAGAGGUGGUAGUACAAUGAUUGGUCCACACGGCUAUAGGAAGUUUCACAUACCAUUUCUGUCAUAACUUUUCUCAUAAGUUAUAAAGUUACUUAUCAAAGACUUCACAGACCACAAAAACUUCUCAUUCAUAUUCUCAAACUCUUUUUUCAUCUAAUUUCUCUAAAAUCUCAUGGCUAUGCAAUCACCUUCCUCUUCCACUUCAAUUUCCUAUGAGUACAAAUACCAAGUAUUCCUCAGUUUCAGAGGAAGUGACACUCGGUACGGUUUCACCGGGAAUCUCUACAAGGCUCUUACUGACAAGGGAAUCAACACCUUCAUUGAUAAGAAUGGUCUUCAAAGAGGAGAUGAAAUCACACCAUCACUUCUCAAGGCCAUUGAAGAGUCUAGGAUUUUUAUUCCUGUGUUUUCUAUCAACUAUGCCUCUUCUUCAUUUUGUUUGGACGAACUUGUCCACAUCAUUCACUGCUACAAGACAAAGGGUCGCCUCGUUCUGCCUGUUUUCUUUGGUGUGGAACCUACUGUUGUGCGACAUCGUAAAGGUAGUUAUGGUGAAGCAUUGGCUGAGCAUGAAAAGAGGUUUCAAAAUGAUCCGAAAAACAUGGAGAGGUUGCAAGGAUGGAAAAAGGCUCUGAGCCAGGCUGCUAACUUGUCCGGCUACCAUGAUAGUCCUCCUGGAUAUGAAUACAAGCUUAUUGGAAAGAUAGUCAAAUACAUCUCCAACAAGAUCAGUCGACAGCCCUUACAUGUUGCCACUUACCCUGUUGGAUUGCAGUCUCGAGUACAACAAGUGAAAUCGCUUCUUGAUGAGGGAUCCGAUGAUGGGGUCCAUAUGGUUGGAAUUUAUGGCAUUGGAGGUUUGGGGAAAUCAACACUUGCAAGACAAAUCUAUAAUUUUGUUGCAGAUCAAUUCGAAGGUUCAUGUUUUCUUCAUGAUGUGAGAGAGAAUUCAGCUCAAAAUAACUUGAAAUAUCUCCAAGAGAAGCUCCUUUUAAAAACAACAGGUUUGGAAAUUAAGUUAGACCAUGUUAGUGAGGGAAUUCCAGUCAUAAAGGAAAGAUUAUGUAGAAAGAAGAUUCUUUUGAUUCUCGAUGAUGUUGACAAUUUGAAGCAACUGCAUGCUUUGGCUGGAGGACUUGAUUGGUUCGGAUGUGGAAGCAGAGUCAUCAUUACCACUCGAAACAAAGACUUACUAAGCAGUCAUGGCAUAGAAAGUACACAUGCAGUAGAAGGGUUGAAUGAGACAGAAGCUCUUGAAUUGUUGAGGUGGAUGGCUUUUAAAAGUGAUAAAGUUCCUUCAGGUUACGAAGACAUUUUAAACCGUGCAGUUGCAUAUGCUUUUGGCCUUCCGUUAGUUUUAGAAGUAGUGGGUUCUAACUUGUUUGGAAAGAGCAUAGAAGAUUGGAAGCAUACAUUAGAUGGGUAUGACAGGAUUCCCAAUAAAGAGAUCCAAAAGAUACUUAAGGUGAGCUAUGAUGCUUUGGAAGAAGAGGAGCAGAGUGUCUUUCUUGACAUCGCUUGCUGCUUCAAAGGAUAUCAAUGGAAGGAGUUCGAAGAUAUACUUUGUGCUCAUUAUGACCAUUGCAUAACACAUCAUCUAGGAGUGUUGGCUGGAAAAUCUCUCGUUAAGAUUAGUACUUAUUACCCUUCGGGAUCUAUUAAUGAUGUGAGAUUACAUGACUUGAUAAAGGACAUGGGUAAAGAAGUCGUCCGACAAGAAUCACCUAAAGAGCCUGGAGAACGAAGUAGGUUAUGGCGUCAAGAAGAUAUAAUUCAUGUUUUAAAAGAAAACACUGGAACUAGUAAAAUUGAAAUGAUAUAUAUGAAUCUCCACUCCAUGGAAUCCGUGAUAGACAAGAAAGGAAAGGCCUUCAAGAAGAUGACAAAACUGAAAACACUUAUCAUUGAAAAUGGCCUUUUUUCUGGAGGUCUCAAGUAUCUUCCAAGCAGUUUGCGUGUAUUGAAAUGGAAAGGAUGUUUAUCGAAGUGUCUGUCAUCUAGUAUUUUAAACAAGAAGUUUCAGAAUAUGAAAGUCUUGACAUUGGACUAUUGUGAAUAUUUAACACAUAUACCCGAUGUCUCAGGCCUUUCAAAUUUAGAAAAGUUAUCGUUUACAUGUUGUGAUAAUUUAAUUACAAUUCACAAUUCUAUUGGACACCUAAAUAAACUUGAAUGGUUAAGUGCAUAUGGUUGCAGAAAGCUCGAACAUUUUCGACCUUUAGGGUUGGCAUCUCUUAAGAAAUUGAUACUCUAUGAGUGUGAGUGUCUUGAUAAUUUUCCAGAAUUAUUAUGCAAGAUGGCACAUAUAAAAGAGAUUGAUAUAUCUAAUACUUCCAUAGGAGAACUGCCAUUUUCAUUUCAAAAUCUCAGUGAACUUCAUGAGUUAACAGUGACAUCUGGAAUGAAGUUCCCAAAAAUAGUGUUUUCAAAUAUGACAAAGCUUUCUCUCUCCUUUUUCAACCUCUCAGAUGAAUGUCUCCCAAUAGUUCUCAAGUGGUGUGUUAAUAUGACACAUCUAGACUUAUCAUUUAGCAAUUUCAAAAUUCUUCCUGAGUGCCUUCGUGAAUGUCACCAUCUUGUUGAAAUUAAUGUGAUGUGCUGCGAGUCUCUUGAGGAAAUUAGAGGGAUUCCACCAAAUCUAAAAGAGCUUUGUGCUAGAUAUUGUAAAUCAUUGAGUUCCUCAAGUAGAAGAAUGUUAAUGAGUCAGAAACUACAUGAGGCGGGAUGCACCAAGAUUUAUUUCCCAAAUGGAAGAGAGGGGAUACCAGAUUGGUUUGAGCACCAAAGCAGGGGACCCAUAAUUUCUUUCUGGUUUCGUAAAGAAAUCCCUUCAAUAACUUGUAUAUUUAUUCUUCCGAAAGGCAAUGAGUAUGCCACAAGUGUCAAUGUUUUUGUGAAUGGAUAUGAAAUUGAGAUAGGUUGUUAUUGGUCUCUCUUUUUCUUCACGGACCAUACAACUUUGUUUCAUACCUCAAAAUUGAAUGAACUCAUUAAAACACAAUGCGAGUAUAAUAUAGAGAAAGGACUUUUGAAAAAUGAAUGGAUCUAUGUGGAGUUUAAGUUGAAGGAUCAUGAGAAUAGUGUUUAUGCACAAAGGGGAAUCCACGUGUGGAAUGAGAAAAGCAACACGGAGGAGGAGAAUGUGGUAUUCACAGAUCCUUGUAUUACAAAGACAAAAUCAGAUGAAUAUCUCAAUCAGAGCAAUAAUACUUCAUUAUCACAAUUUGAGCCUCCUCUAAAAAAGCAAAGAUUGGUGGAAGUUGGAGUUUCAGAGACAGAGGAGGAUAUCAAUGCUUCAUUGCAACAACAGGAAUUGAUGAAAGAGGAACAAAGAAAGACAUGGGGUACAUUCUGAAACACACCGCUUCAUUAAAAUAAUAAUAAUAAUAAUAAUAAAAUAUAUAUAGAAGUUACUAGACACACGUGGAAAAAAAAAAGAAAAAGAAAAGCAUAACACUUCCCUCAUUCUUUCUUUUCCUCCCGUAGCUCUCUCUGUUCUCACUUUUCUUUCCAUUUUGCUUCUUCCCUUUCCAUAAUCAACCAAUUCCACACACUAAUCAAACACCCAUAAGAGAAAUUAUUCACCAAAGUAAAACAAUUUCAUAUUACAAGUUAAUUUGGGUUUGAUUUUGGAGAUUGGGGUUAGGGUUCUGAGAAGAAAAAUACCCAUUUUGUGAAGGUUGCUCAUUGAGACUUUUUAAGAUACGAUGCCGGAUGCUUCACAUGCUUCUCCCGGGAUGGUUGGAGAGCACGCUUAGUUGAUUCAUCGUAACAAUUCCCGAGCAGCUGAGUAGGAAGCUGCAAGUAGAUCCGAAGUCCAUCAUUUCUAUUUUUGGUAGGCCUCCUUGAUGGAUGGCUUUUUAUUUAUGUAAAUAUUCAGUCAAUGUAUCUGCAGCUAUAUGGAGUUAGAGUGCCUCAUUUUGAGUUGUAAAGUUAUGUAAAAAUUGUCUUUUUGAGCUUCUGGAUGAUGUGACAGGUUUAUGGACAGGAUUCAUAUCUUGGUAACGUUAAAAAUACAAGGGAUACUCUGUCCAAAUUUUUGUAAAUAUUAUUUUGAUGAAAAAAAUGGAUAUCUGUAAA